AGUGGAACAAAAAAUUAUAUGAAUCUGCCGAUGACCUCCUCAAACUAAUCACUUGCUUGCGACAAUACAUCAGAAUUCGUUGACGCACAAUGGCACCUCUUCUCCGCGUUAUCGGUUCGCUCAACGCGGACAUGGUCUCAGUAACUCCCCGCUUCCCUGAAGCAGGCGAGACGAUAACAGCAACUUCAUUCACGACGAGCGCAGGAGGGAAAGGCGCCAAUCAAGCCGUAGCCUGUGGCCGAUUAUCCCGAUCGAGACCUACCGAAACGCAAUCGUCGACUUCAAACAAUCCAGUCAAUGUUGAGAUGGUCGGCGCUGUCGGUAGUCGUGACGGACAUUUUCAAUCUCUCCUAGGACCGACGCUAGAAAAGUCUGGGUUGGAUACAUCGAGGAUUAGGACGGUGGAUGAUUACACUGGUGUGGCGGUGAUUAUUGUGGAUUCGUCAGCUGGUGGAGAGAACCGCAUAUUGUUCUCACCUGGAGCCAAUUAUUCAGGCAUGCAAGCGAUUCCAGAUGUUCUCAACAUGGGUCUAGCACCUCCAGUCCCCGACAUCAUAAUCAUGCAGGGAGAAAUACCCACCGAGACCACAAUAGGCAUUCUACGAGAGAUAGCGAAAUACAAGAAAAGUCAAAGGGACAAUGGACGAAAAGGAAUUGAUGCAGGACCAGAAGUCAUGCUCAACCCAGCGCCAGCACCACCAGGAGGCUUGCCGGAGGAUGUAUAUGGGGCCAUUGAUCAUUUGAUCAUGAACGAAACAGAGGCUGAGCUAAUGGCACCUAAAACCGAGGAACUACUACGUGUCGUCCCCAAUGCCAAGGGAGCAAGUCUCCGAGAACAGGCAGCCCAGUAUUUCCACAAAUUGGGGGUGACAUACGUGGUCAUCACACUUGGGGCGAAGGGUGUCUGGUACAGUUCUUGCGACGCCGGCACAGCAAUUGCUGCCGACAAUCACACACGAUUCACAAAUGAGAUUUCAGCCGCCAAAGUGUCCCGCGUUCUGGAUACCACGGCAGCAGGCGAUACGUUCAUUGGCGGCUACGCAACACAUAUAGCUCGGUGGCGAGAACAGCGACGUGCACGGGGCAAAUCGAGUCAUGAGCUUGAGCAGAAUGAGAAGACAGAGCGGUAUCAAGUCGUGAUGGAUGAAGCUAUGAAACGCGCCGGACGGGCAUCGGCGCGGUGUGUGGAAAAGCAGGGCGCAAUGAACAGCAUUCCAUGGGAGGACGAGAUCUAG